UCAGCUGUUAACCAGAAAAGUUUUGAUUAAUUAGAUUAAUUUUAUUUAAAUUGUUUAAAUUAAACUCUAAUCUAAAGUUUAAUCUUUUUGCAUAAUGAAUAUAAAUCAAUUGCCAGAUGAUUGUCUUCUAAUUGUCUUUGAGUUAUUGCCAACUUUAGAUCAUUUAAUCAACUGUAUUAAAGGUUGGUGGAAAAAAACUUGAAAUGCGAUGCAUGCUGCAUCUUAUAAGUGGAACUAAAAAAUUGUUUGUAAUCAGAAUCAAGUAAAAGGACUAAAUUGUCAAUCAGUUUGACCAAUUACGAAACUAUCAAUGGCUUUAGUAUGGAUCAACUUUUACCUAAUCUCCAAAUUAUACAAUUUCCAUCGGAUGAGGAAUUCGAUUACCAUGAAUUGGAUUGUUUGUCAACUAGAAAACCAUUGAGAGGAGUAAUCAAUGCAGAUCCUAAAUCUUUUAUGAAAUUUUACAAAAACUUUCAAAACAUUGAAAUACUUGCGACUCCAAACAGAAUAUUAAACUUUGAAUGUCUACGAAAUCUCAAGCAAGUCUAUUCCAGUUACGGAACUUUCGAGUGUUUCGAGAUGUUGGCCCAAUAUUCACCACAAGUACAGAGAAUAUAUAACUCUGAAUUCGAAUGCUAUUAUCCCGUGACUGCUUUUUCCAAUUUUUCCAAUUUAAUCAUUUUCCCUUAUUUGAAGAUCCUUCAAAUGAAUUGUGCUUAUCAUUGUGAUCAAGAAUUUCCUGGAAUUUAUUUGAUAGAUUUUUGUCCGAAAUUGGAAAGUGCCCAUUUCUUCAUUUGGAACGAUUCAAUUGUAAUCAAUGAAGAUAAAUUACACAACAAUUUAAAAGAUCUUGUUAUUGAAAAUAGAAACCUACAUGAAUAUGAUUAUAACGUUAACCUACGAUUUUCAUCAAUUCAGAGGAUAUUGGUCAAGUGUCCGAACAUUGAACAUUUGGCAAUUAGAUUUAAUGAUUUACUCAAAGAUGAACAUGUCAUGGAGAUUGUUAAAAUGAUGAAACACUUGGAGAUACUUGAUUGUCACGGUUGCCCGAAACUAACAACUCAAUUAAUUACCAAAAUCAACAAUUAUUCACAUCAACAUAAUCGACAAAUAAACUAUCUUGGUACAAAUAGUCCACUCAGUGAUUGUCAAAAGGUAAUUGCUGAAGAAAUGAACUUCAUGAAACAUUGUUUCUAUACAAAAUUUAAUUCACAACCUCUCACUUUCGCCACAUAAUUAAUGGUAACAAUUAAAGAAUUAACAAUA